AAGAUGUCGCAUGGUAAACACUCAAAAUUCCGUGCAUGUUUAAUGUGCAGUUAUUUACAAGAAGGUAAAGAAUUCAAGCUUAAAGGUUGCCCAAACUGUCCAUUCUUGGAGAUGAAAGGUAGCUCAGAGAGUGUUACAGAUUGUACAUCAGGUCAAUACGAUGGUAUAGUAGCUCUCACUCAACCAAAAGGUAGCUGGGUUGGUAAAUGGCAAAGAGUCAACACAUGUGAGAAGGGUUUAUAUGCAGUUAGAGUUACAGGUAGACUAGCAGACAACAUAGUAGACAAUCUACAAGCUCAUGGUAUUCCAUAUAGGCCCCGAGAUGAAAUUGAAGAAUAGAAGAAUUUAUUUGUAUUAUACUUAUUUAGAUGGCGCACCUGAUGAUUUCCAAGCAGCUACAAUAAGCUCUGAAAUGGCUUCGACUCCUUUGGCGGAUUUAAUAGACGUGAACACCGUUGGUCCAUUAUCACGCAUCUUAUCAGCAUCUCUCUUCAUAACACCCAAAUCAGCACCGAUAUAUUGAGCGAUAUCUGUCUUGUUUACGACGAGCAAAUCAGAUUGUGAGAUACCUGGUCCACCUUUACGUGGUAUCUUGUCACCACCAGAUACAUCAAUCUGAGUAUAAUCAGCUGACAUCAUUAAUUGCUUAUCAUUCUACUCACAACGUAGAUAAUAUAAUCUGCAAGCUCUCUUGAGUAGUUUGCAGCCAAGUUGUCACCACCUGAUUCAACGAGCAGAAGAUCAGUGUUGUAGUCGGCGUGGAGUUGCUCAAGAGCACCCAUAUUAGCUGAAAUAUCUUCUCUGAUGUAUUUAUUAAAAACGACUCUUGCCUAGUGAGAGUACUCACCUGAUUGCAGCGUGUGGACAUCCACCUGGAUAUUCGCGUUAAUUUAACUUACAAAGAUAGCCAAACUCACCUGUUUCGACAGCUCUGAUCCUACCAGUUUCUAAUGCUUC